AGGAGGAUAGUGGGAGGGGAAAGAAGGGAGAGGAUCAUUCCUGAGCCAUGGUGAGCCGGUGAGGUGGUUGGUGGUGCGUGUGUGCAGGAGACUCACGUUGGCCACCAGUACCUCCCUUUGCUUAAAUCAGGACCUGGCAGGAGCUGAAGGGGAGAAUGGCUGGAAAUCUGAUCCAAACAGUGGUACUAUAAAACUUCUUGCUAAAAUUGAGGCUUCAUGAGAUCCUUGUCAAGACUUCAUCACAGCUCAGCACCGGCAUCCUUUUUCCACACCUGCUCUGUCUGUCCUGGACCUUUUUGCAGCAACAACAGACCUCAGCGGCAAAAUUCAAAGCUUUUUCAUCUUGAAAAGAUAUGAAGAUAUCGGGCUGCGUUACUCUCUUACUUUUACUCGGGGAAGUAUGGGGUCAGAGCAACCGUAAUGCUAAAUCGAGUGGCAAGUCUGUGAAGAAGGUUGGUGCAAACCUUGGAGGUGAUGCUGCCCAGCCUCCACCCGGGGCUGGGGUCACUGCUGGAAGCAGCAGGAGCAGUGGAGGGUCAGCUGAAUCUGAACAGGAGGGUGCUGCAGCAGCUCCUCGUGCAGCUGCACCGCAGACGGACGACAUGAGGCUUCACUUCCUCAGGAACACCCAAGUUACAUGCAAUGAUGGAACAGCAGCUGGCUUUUACCUGAAGGAGUCCAGAGGAAACCGCAGGUGGAUUUUAUUUCUGGAGGGUGGCUGGUGCUGCUACAGCAAAGAGAGCUGUGAUGCAAGAUACCAAACUGUCCCUCGACUAAUGAGCUCAACGGUGUGGCCCCAAAUCAAAACAGGAACUGGAAUUCUGUCUUCCCGAGCAGAGGAAAAUCCACACUGGUACAAUGCUAACCGUGUAUUCAUCCCGUACUGCUCCAGUGAUGUCUGGACCGGCACCGGUCCCGCUCCGACCCCUCCUACAAGACAACGACAAGGACGAGACAAAAUCAAAGAGAGAAACACAAACACGACUGAGUAUUCCUUCAUGGGCUCUCUGAUCAUUCGCGAGGUCAUCAAAGAUCUCAUACCCAAAGGAAUCAAAAUGGCCAAGGUCAUCAUGCUGGCUGGCACCAGUGCCGGAGGAACCGGUGUGCUGCUAAACAUUGAGCGGGUCGCCAGCCAGCUGGCACAACUUGGUACGGAUGCUCAGGUCCGAGGUCUGGUAGAUUCUGGCUGGUUUCUAGAGAGUAAAAAGGAAAGACCAACCAACUGCCCUGAGACUGUUUCCUGCUCUCCUGAAGAUGCUAUCAAGAACGGGCUCAGAUUGUGGAAUGGGGCUGUGCCAGAACAAUGUCAGCAGCUCUAUCAGAAGGGGGAGGAGUGGCAGUGCUUCUUUGGUCACAGACUGUAUUCAACCUUGACCUCGCCUCUGUUCGUGGUGCAGUGGCUGUUUGAUGAGGAGCAGCUGCGGGUGGAAAACAUCUACAUGGGUGCACAAAGCCUCUCUGAUGAGCAGUGGCAGUACAUUCAGAACCUGGGUUUGGAGCUCAAAAACUCCCUCAGAGGUGUCACGGCUGUUUUUGCUCCGUCCUGCCUUUCCCACACUGUCAUCACCAAAAGUGAAUGGAUGAGUUUUCAAGUCAAAGGCACCACUUUGCCCCGUGCCCUGCACUGCUGGGACAGGAGUCUGGAGGCAACACGCAACAACAGAAGCCCUGCCAAAGGCUGCCCUUUCCACCUGGUGGACACCUGCCAGUGGCCUCAGUGCAACCCCACCUGCCCAGCCUUGGUGGACCAGGCCACCCAGCAGGAGGCCACUCUGCUCCAGAUGCUGGUUGCCAUGGGUCUUGACCUGCAGAAGCUGGGCUUGGAUCCCCAGGGAGAUGCAGACUCUCUGGCCAGCAUGGUCAGCAAUGGUGGCUAAGCAGAGCGACUGAAGUGAAGCAUCAGAAAUGUGAAUGGAUGAAAAUAAGAUGUGAUGCAAUUUCAGUGUAACCAUGGACAUUCAACAGAAGUCUGGUUACUACAUUUUGUGCCGCUCAGCAUUCCAUUAUGCUCCACAUGUUAGCUCCAUCUGUGACCACAUCAGGCUGGAGGGAGUGUGGCUCUGGGGGUUUGUGUCGUUGAAAUGGGCCCCAAGUGAAUGUCAGAGGAAAGCAGGGGCAAAGCUGCUUAGCCUGAAGAUCUUCCAGCUUUUAAGAUUGGCCUGAAACAACCUACAAGAAGCUCUUAAUCCAGAUGACUCCACUUUAUAAAACUAAAGCAUGUCAGUAGAAUUUUAAGGCAACAGAUGUCCUCAACAGAUGUCCUGACAUUUCAUUCAUUUGCUCUGUCAAAUAGGAACCGGAUCCAUCAUUUAGCAAACUAGAAAAACAGGCAAAAAACAAUAUCCAACGAUUCUAACCACUUUAUCAAAGACUUCUUUGUUUGUGAGACAUUUUUCAUAUUUAGCUCCUAAUUUUGUGCCAAGUAUAUAUGCUAGUUGACAGCUUUAAUCAUAUUUUUUAUGCAUGCAAAACUAAAAGAAUUUGGUUGAUGUAUCAUUUGGUCUUAGGUCUAUUUCAGGCCUACCUUAUUUAAUUUUAUAGUCCAUAAUAUAUUGGAAAUAAAAUACAGCUGGAGAAACUGGCUUUUGAAUGGAAAACACUCACUUUUAUGAACUCCUUCUACUGGAAAGUGAAGGAAAAACCGGCAGUUUAUUUUACUUUUCUCUUCAUUUCCAAACACAGGUUUUCCUGCUGAAUCUAUGCUGGAACACUUUGCAUUUACAGAUGUAUGUUACAUUAUUUUAUUGAGCAUUUGGAGUGCUGAACUCAUGUAAGUGUAAAUACAUAAAAUAAAAAAUGUAAACUAU